CACACAGCCUUCCCAGCAUCCCCAUCCUUCCAUUCCAUUCGAGCAAAACCCUCCUCCCACCGAGAGAACACCAAGCUGCAUUAUGGCGCCCAAGGCGGAGAAGAAGCCGGCGUCGAAGAAGCCCACGGAGGAGGAACCCGCGGAGAAGGCGGCUGGGGCGGCGGAGAAGGCCCCCGCUGGGAAGAAGCCCAAGGCGGAGAAACGGCUCCCCGCGGGCAAGUCCGCCGGCAAGGAGGGCGGCAGUGGCAAGAAGGGGAAGAAGGCCAAGAAGAGCGUGGAGACCUACAAGAUCUACAUCUUCAAGGUGCUGAAGCAGGUGCACCCGGACAUCGGCAUCUCCUCCAAGGCCAUGUCCAUCAUGAACUCUUUCAUCAACGACAUCUUCGAGAAGCUCGCCGCGGAGGCCGCCAAGCUCGCCCGCUACAACAAGAAGCCCACCAUCACCUCCCGCGAGAUCCAGACCUCUGUCCGCCUCGUCCUCCCCGGAGAGCUCGCCAAGCACGCUGUCUCCGAGGGCACCAAGGCCGUCACCAAGUUCACCUCGUCCUAGGCUCUCGGCUCCAGUCCCUCCCUACGCUGCUUCGCUUCUCCUGGUAGUAGUGGUAGUUUGGAGAUUUGGGUGGUAUGGUGUAGUGAAGUGAUUGUUGGCUUCUGACUAACUCUGAUUCUUGUAACAAGUAUUAUGGUUGUUCUGGAACCCAAUUGUUAUCUGAAUCCUAAUUAGUACUCCGAUGCUUGCAUAGCAUCUGUUUAUGGUGAACUAG